AUGGAUGAAACAUACCGAUAUCUGAGUUCCCAUAGGCUCUGGGACUCUACCAACCCAAAGAAAAGUCAGUCUGUCGAGGUGAUUGAGAUAUGGCAUAGCCACUCAUCAGCAGGGCUCCAUAUACAACACAGUCAUAUUGCCCUUCAAGAGACGUCACAAUGGUUGGCCCAACCCUUGACAAAGCUAGGGAAGGAUGGAGGAGCUUACUCGCUAUUGGUUCGAUUGGUCUUUGCCGCCUACAACCCAUCUGACAACGGCCUGGACCACUUGCUGGACCAUUUUGGCCUAAGAGAUGCUCGAGCCUACGCCAUCAGCUGCAUCGCAGGCAUCGAUGCUCUCCCUCAAGCUGAAGCAACUCGGCGCACUUUCACGCUGACCUAUCAUCCAAAGCUAGCUGUUGUCUGGUCUCACUCGAGCCCAGCUGCCUCGACUGCGCAAAACCCCCCUACAUCAUCCAGCACAGCAUUUACUCAAGGCAUUAUCUUCGCGAGCUCAGAGCAACGCGCCGCCUUAAGUAACUUACUCCAGCGCCAGUGGGACUUGCAUCUCGUAUCUCACGCCAUGUUCCCCGUUUUUAUAUGUGGCUUGAUGAUGGAUCAUGAGGUGGACCUCACGCAAAACAAGAUCAAAGUUGAGGUGCGUACAGUGGAAGUGCGGACUGGCCAUCACCGCUUCGCAAGCCGCAAAGAGAACGCGGCAGCGGGUCAGAUGGGCGAGCUAUCUGCUUCGAUGAGUGGGCUGUGCACCAAGCUGGCAAGCACAGCUAGAAAGAUUCAAGUCGCACGAGAGUUUCAAGAUUUUAUGAAUGCCCAAGUUCAGGCAAGGUUGGAACGGAAUGGUAGCGCUCCAGUCGAUAACUUGAAGAAGCGCGACGAAUCCAUUGGGGAAGACCUCCUUGAUCAAAACAUCAAAUUGAUGAAGAAGAGGCUCGAAAUGAAGCUGCUAGACAACCAGUAUAUACUCGAGAGAGUAAGAAUUCAGUUAGCUGCUGUGUUCAACCUCAUCGCUCAGCAGGACAGUUUAAUUGGUCUGCGAACAGCUCAUGCUUCACAGUUAGCGGCUAUGUCGAGUAUGCGUGACUCCUCCUCUAUGAAGACACUUGCUUUGGUUGCCUUGGCAUUCUUACCAGGUAGUUUCGUUGCCGCCGUUUUUUCUGCUCCGUUAUUCAACUGGGACGCUGCCGCCACGUCUGGGACUCAUUCAAUUGCAGUGGAUACGAAACCCCAAUUCAAGCUUUUUUGGUCUAUUGUCCUCCCGCUUACAGCUCUUACCUUUACACUCUAUGUUGGGAUGCUGCUCUCAAAGCGGAAGCAAAUGAAGAAAUUAUCCGCGUUAUCUGAAGAGGACUUGGAAAGGAUAUUAGUAUAA